AUGAACAAACUGCAUGACACCAACUUCCUUGCUUAUCAUACACCUAGAUCAUGGACGGAAGGGGCCAGCGAGAAGGCGCAGAUUCCUGACAUAUUGCAUGUCCUGACCAGAGAGAGAAGUAUAACAGGCACUAGAGGAGAGCUCACUAUCUUCUUUGAGGGCUAUUCCACGAGGUUCACUGUCGGCUACACUGUUCUCCAAAUACGAACUUAG